UUUUAAGAUUUGCAUGCGCCUGGUAGUACAGUAUGCCAAAGACUGUUAGAGAGCGUAUUAUCGAAGCGUUGGACAAUCUCUCCUCCGACAACUUACUUCGAUUUAAGCACAAACUGAGUGAACUGAAGAUUAUCGGAUAUGGUCUGAUUGAAAACGAGACGACCGUGCAGAUCACGCGAAGGCUAGUUAGCAAGUUUACGACGAGCCGCGCUAUCGCUGGCACUGCUGAAGUCCUGAGGGCGAUAGAGUUACACGACGAAGCGGAAGAGUUAGAAAACGAUCGGGCGCCAGUCGCGGGAGCAGAGCGCCCGCCUGGAAGCGCCACGAGCUCCAACACCGAACUGACGGAAGGUGACCAUUUUGUGGACAAGAACCAAGUUCAGCUGAUUAAGAGGGUGACCGCAGUGAAAUCCAUUCUAGAUCACCUUCUUCAUAAGAAAUUCAUCGUCUCUGAAAUGUACAGCCUGAUUCUAUGCGAAAAAACAUCUGAAGACCAAAUGAGGAAGCUUAUGCAUGAUGUCAUUUUCCGAAUUGGAGAGAAGGCAAAAGAUGAGCUGGUCAAGAUUCUGGAAACGGAAGAACUGUACCUGAUGGGAGACCUGAGAGGGAAUUAACCCCACCUCUGUCACAUUACAGCUGCAGGAUAUGAGGAAAACAUGCAAUAACAUUGGUGAUUAUUGUGAUUAUGAUAUGCCUUUAACAAAACACCCCUCAUACAAUGGCUAUAGAGAUGUUUGUUGAGCAGCUAAUAGUUCUCCGGGAACAGGGUUGGGCAGCCCUGCUCUAGCUGUUGAAUGAGCUGUGCUUUGUUAGGAGUUGAAGUGAUAACCUUCUGGAUGGUCGAUCUCCAGGAGCAGGGUUGGGGAGCCCUGUUCAAUGGCACCAGCGAAGGCUGGAGCACAGUUGACUGCGUCUUUGUUGCCAUUGUCUUCUUCGUAAGGCACCUGGUUCCAUUUCUGCACUGCCAGUCACUUCUGUGCGUAGACCAGGCAGAACACCAGGCCCGGCAGAGCAGGGAGAGUAGCAAAUUAACUUUAUGGACAGAUGUUCUGGAAUCUCUACACUCAACACACAAAGCUUUUCAAACCAAACAACUAAUUUAGUGCCCUGCACUGCUUCAACAUCUGGCAGAUGGUGCUGAUCUAAUGUCUCUGCUAAGAAAGUGAUUCACUGAAUUAUUCCUUUUGAAAAUAUUUCACGUUUUUCUACCUGCUUUUUUCUCAGUACGCAGACGUACAUUUUAUAAUGUUUCAUAAUUAAAAAGAUUGACAAAUCAAUAA